UGGAUCUUGUAUGUUCUGCCAAAUACGUGCGACCAUUAAGCAAAUAGUUUUAAAGUUGAUGUUGCCUUUGGAGUGUACGAAGAAAGAAGAGAGAAAGGACAGAGAUAGAGAAGAGAAGAGAGCAAGAGUAUACAUUUCUGCUGACAACUUUACAGCUUUUGAUACUUGUUACAUUUUUAUUAUGGGUUUCCUAGUUGUCGGUCAACCGAUAUAUAGCUUAAGUCCAGUUCGCCUCCGCCAGUUCACCAAUAGACACGCUCCCGUUCGCAUCUCAAGUCAUUUACAAAAUUUAUAUCCAACAGUUUGCGCGUUCAGUCAUAACACAAAACGCGUGUCAUAACACCAAACACAUCCACACAUAGUCGAAAUCGCAUAGUUUGGAAAGCAUCAACACUCACAUCCACCGCAAUAAUUAUGCAGUUUUCGAAGACUGCGAAAAGGACUAACUGAUCUAAUUUAUGAUAUUUAUUUAUUUGUUUAUUUAUUGUUGUGCUUCGUUCAUCAUCAACAAGAAUGUGCAAAGAGGAAGUCGUCGAAUCUCACCAGAAGGACAUUCAGCUCGAAGACCUCAGGGCGGCUCCAACAGCUGAUAAAAAAAAUGCCAGUAAAAGUUUUACGACUCGCCAAAAAGUUGGGUUGGUUAUGCUUGCCACCGUGGAGUUCUCCAGCUAUUGCUCAAUGUCCAUCAUGGCACCUUUCUAUCCGCGCGAAGCUAGGGAUAAGGGCAUGUCGGAAUCUUUAGCCGGAUUCGUAUUCAGCUUUUACGCUUUAAUCAUAUUCGUAUCAUCGCCAAUAUUCGGUAAAAUUUUGCCGAAAGUCGGUGUCAAACUUCUAUUUAUUGGAGGUAUAGUUACCUCGGGAAUAUGCAGUAUUAUAUUUGGGACUCUCCAUUACAUCGACGAUUUUUACCUCUUCGCAACGCUGUCUUUCCUGAUCAGAGGUCUCGAAGCAUUAGGAGCUGCAGCAUACGCAACUGCAGGAUACGUCCUCGUCAUUAACAUUUUCCCAAAUAAUGGUGGAACUGUACGAGGCAUACUUGAAACGUUCGUUGGUUUAGGUAUGAGCGCCGGUCCUGCCAUUGGUGGAUUUCUCUAUGCGAUUGGAGGCUUUGGGUUACCAUUUUACGUAGUUGGUACGAUAACAUUAUGCGUUGCACCGUUAAAUGUCUUCUUGUUGCCAUCAAGUAAAGAAUGUAACGUGAACAUGAAGAGCGGCUCCUUUAGGAGCAUACUUAAAAUUCCGUCUGUGAUUGUAACCUGCUUUAUUAUUGCCCUCGUCUCGACGACCUGGGGAUUCCUCGAUCCAACAUUAGAACCGCAUCUGAGACAGUAUAAUUUAAGCGCCAGUAAUAUUGGUCUCAUCUUUCUUCUUCUCUCAGGGAUGUACGGAAUAUUCAGCCCUUUUUGGGGUUGGGUUUCCGAUAAAGUUACAAAUUAUUGGUGCCUUAUGACUUUUGGUUUGUUCAUGACCAGUUUCAGCUUAGUAUUAUUGGGGCCUUCGCCAAUUUUGCCAUUCCUCAAAGAAUCGAUUUGGCUCCAUAUUAUAGCAUUAUCAGCAUUAGGUAUUUUUGUUGCUAUGGGUUUAAUGCCAACAUAUCAAAGUAUUUUGGAUGGUGCUGUCCGAGAUGGAGGAUUUUCGGAUAACAUAGGGACGCACAGUCUGGUUGCUGGUCUUUGGUCAUGCAUAUACUCGUUGGGUGAGAUGCUGGGUCCGGCAAUCGGUGGAGCUCUUCUGCAGCAAUGGGGCUUUCCAACAGCAGCCACGUGUCUUGCUGGUGCGAAUUUGUUGGCGGCUAUUUGCACGUCUAUAUUCUUCUACAUGAAGAGAGUAAGGAGUAAAGUGGAAGCAGUGCCGAAGGAUUCGGACUCGGAUUUAGAAAAGACAAACAGUGCAACGACGAUACCGCUGGAAAACGGCUGCAGCAACGGUGAUAUUUACACUAUCGAGAAUAACGGAUCUGUUAAAAUGUAAUUGAUAUUAAAUUAUAUAUUUUUUAUAUUGUU